AAACCAGUACCACCAGUCAAACUCGGUCCGCGACCGGUAACCGACGUACGUAGAAAUUCCGCGUUCGUUUCGUCGCUAACGCUGCUGCUGGUGUUUCUCGAUACCGCUGCAAGCCUUCUUCCUGCAUCUCGUGUUAUUCUCGAUCCUCCUCUCUCGCAUAUUAAACUUGAAAGUCAGUCAGUCAGUCAAUCAAAUUCAGUAUAGUUUCGUUAUACGUCUCGCAGCUCUGGAUCGUCCUCUAUAAAUCCGUUGUUAUCGCGUCGAUGUAACAACAAAAUACCGCAUUCUUAUAAAUGAUUUUAUAUAAAUAUUUUUUUAUUCAUCAAAUUAUAGUUCCGAUCAUUUGAUAGUGUGGAAAAAAGUGCGCGGGUGAUAUAUAUAUAUUGAAAAUUUGAGUCGAACUGAGGAGGGAGGGGUAAAGAUAUAACCAUCGAAUAAAGAAGUAAAUAAAUAAAACCACGUAUAUAUGCAUAUGUAUAUAUACAUACAAAACGCAACGGAUAUCAACGGACAAAAAACACGGCCCUCAUGAGCACGAAAAUUGAUUCCGCGCGCCUACCUCAGCGGUUACACAACCGAAAUAUUAGCAUACCUAAUAAUUUCCGAACGAGCAUGAUGGCACUGCACUUAUCGGCGAGAAAUAUGGUGGUCGUAGUGAUCGUGGCGGCAGCAUGUGCCUCGGUAGCAUCAUCGGUUAUCGACGAUGACGAAAAGUUCCUCGAGAUAGGCGUCAACGUCGACGAGAAAACUAGUCAAAAAUUGAAUGCCAAGACGGAAUCAGAAUCGAUUAGAAACGUUACAACGACGACGUCGAGGCGCGACAAGAAGAUUAUCCACAGACUGAUCGGUGGGCACGUGAAGCAUUACAGCGCGAAAGUGACGGAGGCCAAGGAUCAACGUGAAACACCGCCGACGAGGUGGGACGAGGACGGACUGGUGAUGUCGUCGGCCGGAAACGGAAAGGAAAAGACGUCUUCGUCGACGCGACGAACCGAUGACGACGAAGAGAAGAAAUCCCUUUCGCAGCAGGUUAAGGAGGGGAAAUACGGACUUAUACAGAACGAGAUAUACAAGACGCCACCCGAGAGGCCGGGGAUCAUAAGCUACCUCGGUAAUCCCGAGGUGCCGAAGGACACCGCCAAGAAUUUGGGGGGACUGGAAGAGGAGGAGAUAUGGCUCGCGGAGAAUCAUUUGCUCGUCCUGAGGGGCGGGAAAUUUCCUGUAUCGAACGUCAACGCAAAAAGGCCCGAAAGCAACACCGGCAACUGGCCGCCCAUCGAUGAUUACAAGGCGCCAGAACGGCAGGUCAAAAUACCACCGCAUCCGAAAGUGCCGCCGCCCUUUCCCGUCCAGCUCACUGAAGGGGGACCCGUUCAGAUUAUCCGGGCAAACGGGUCCGUGUCGGUCGUCAACGACACCGCCGACUACGAGGAGUACGCCAACUAUCCGGAGGGUUUCUACCCGGGGGAGGCGCCGUUUUAUCCGACCUCGUCCAACAUCUCGGAGCCCGUAAGCACCGGCUUCUACGGCAACGCUUCCGAGGGGGUUUUGGGGCCCUUUUACCAGUCACUUCCGGCCGGCGCGGUAUUCGUCCCGCCGCCGAGCAACCAGACGGACUACGACGAGGAAGACCAGUCGAUAUACUACCCGCCACCCUACAGCUUCUACUACCCGCAGGACAACGCGACCGCGGUACCCCCUGGUCCCCUUGUUCCCGGCAUAAUCCUGCCUCCCCCGCCGAACUUCUUCGCCGAACAGGACGAGCGGAAGCCGACGACCAAGGGCAGGUUCUACGCGAAAGAAACCACCACCACCCCCAGGACGACGACCACAACCGAACGAAUCCGGGAGACGACGAAGUACACUCCGCCGGCUCCGACGCCGCGACGUAAGACGGUCCCGAAACCGUACAAGGCUCGAUUCCCGACAACAACACCGAGCUACUCGACCGGUACGAAGCCGACUACGAGAGUCCAGAGCCACCAAGGAACCCCGAAGACGGUCGGUAAGCUCAAGUCCAGGAACUUUACCCGGGUUCCAAUCACGCCGGUGACUUCGACGCCGUUCGACACCCCGCGGUACGUCGAAACGACAACCACGGUCCCGGAGAAAGCGAGCACCACUCCGACCGGCGACUACUACGACGUCCAGACCGAGGUCGAGAACCAUUUGGUCGAUUUGGGCCCGCCUCAGGGCGGUCAAUGGUCAGCGAUAGUGAGUAGCACCGCGGUGCCUCUGCUCGCCUAUUACGCGACUACACCGUUGCCGUCGGAGCGGACGAGGAGUACGGAGGAUGAUAUAGCGCCGAUUCACGUCAAGGCGGAGAUUGAUAUACCGGCGAAGAAUCCCGCGGCUUAUUACUUCUACGAGGAGACGAAUGGGCCGGCGGUCGCCACGACGACACCUUCACCGUACUACGACGUCCAACCGAUACCGAGGCGGCGUCAACCGAAGAAGCAGUAUUACAGCGUCGAGAUGGUACCGUCCCAGCAGACGUCGAACGACUUCGCAGACCUGAAACUCAACCCGGUAAUUAAGACGGGACAAGGUUACGAGUUCAUAGACCCGGAGCCGGUGGUUCGGAAUCCCGCACCAACGACCAAGUAUAACGUCGAGCGAAUUAGAGGGUCUGUUAGCGAUCGGGAAAAUUCACCGAAGUACUAUCAGUCUCUGUCGUUGGGGGGCUCGACGGCCACCAUCAAACCUUACUACACGACGCAGAGGCCGCGAUUCUACUACCAGAGUACCCGUAACGAACAGUACGCGGACUACAGGGAUGAUCAGGAGGUAAAAUCGAGUCCGAUUUAUCAGUAUAGCUACGAGGCCAACGGUUACACGAAGCAGCGACAACAGCAGAGCUAUAGGCAGCAAGAAAUAGACGACGUACCGACACCGGAUGUACGACAAGUCUAUAACGAGUAUCAACAACCGACGAGGACGGCUGGGGGCCAGUACUACAACGAUUACGACGUCCAGCCGGUGCAGAAGGUGCAGAAAUCGUCUGGGAUCUCGUACCUGACGAAUCACAGACAGUCGUAUUCAGCGGCGGCGGCGAGGCCAUCGGUAAACACGACGCCGAAUCCGCAUCACGCGUAUUACACGAAACAGGAUGAGCAGCUGCUGGACGAUGUGACCAAGCAGUACUUCACGAUAUUCGGUAAAAAGUUGCCGGAAAACGUCCUUCAAAGCACGACACCUUUGUACAGAGUCGAGGCGGCGGCUGAAACGACGACGGAGAGUCCGGUGGGCCACGACAUCAACACCUACGUGGCGAACAAUCGUUACAACGGUAACGGUAACAGUGCCGCGGUUCAUCAGCUGCAGAGUUUGACACCACCCAAGGUCAGCGUUCACUACGGCGACCAGACGCAGAGGCCGUAUUCCCUCGAGGGCGACACUCUGGUGAAUUACAAAAACCCGUUGCCGCCGAUAAACCCGGACGCCGAGUUCAUCCCCGUUAACAAACCGGUAGCACCGUCUAGGCAGCGGCUCCAAGAGUUCAGAAGCGAGCAGAUUUCAACGCCGUUCAGAAAUCGAAACGGCGGUAAUUACCUCCAGGGAUCCAAUCAGCGGGAGACGUCUUCGUAUCGUGGACGCUAUCCGACUCCGUCGCCGAUAUCGCUUGCCAAUGAUAUUUCGGUAAACUACCGAGACCCCAGGCCGCCGAUAAAUCCGGACGCCGAGUUCAUAAAUCCUGUACAGGGGCAACGGAAUCAAGCGACUAGAGGUGGCUCGUAUUUUGCCUAUCAGUUACCCGGCAACGGGGGACACUUUUAUUUCCUUACGCCACAGGCGAUAUCCCAAAGGCAAGAUCUUACCAACGGCGGAUAUUUUUACUCGAAACCCACCGCGACGAGGCUCGUGAGACGUCGUCGUCGGGGUCCCGCCGAGGGCUGAAAAUUUCGAAAUCGUACUGACCGAAGGCAGUCCCAAAAUGCCAUAAAACGAAUGAGAAAUGUUGCACGGAUAUUAUCGAAGGAACAAAAGUAUGGGCCUCAUUUGUAUGCCUAUUACGUACGCAAUUUGCUGUAUCAGCACAACAAUCCUGAUUAUCUUAUAAUUUAUUUUUGUAUAUAUUGAGUAUUAAGUUAAUUACUAUUACUAUUAUUAUUUUAUUCUACGCCGGUAUAUUAGUGGCACGUUUUAUCACAAUCGUACCACGCAGGAUACGAUCAGUUGUUAAAAUUGUGAUUCGAUUAAUUAUUAUCAUUAUUAUUGUGUACUAUCUUGUAUGUUAUCUGUGAUUAAAGAAAUUUUUAAUUUACGUGUACAAUUGAA